UGGUUAUUCUUUAGUAGGGCACGCUGGAUCCCCCUCGAUGCGGAAAACCAUGCCAAGCUCGAAAGUACCCUGCAACUCAAAGGCGUCUUUGUCGAUAUUAACGACAGUCAUUUCCCUGCUGUUCAACGCGUCAGAGUAUUUCCUGGCUCGGACUAUCUAAGUUAUCUCGGAGUGCGUUAUCGUAUCAGUCGUGUCCUUUUGCCCGAU